AUGAAUCGUCCGACCUCUCUUUUUGCCGCCCGGUCCCUAGUGCUGGGAUUGGCCAAGUGCUUAUCUCUCACAUUCUUCCAUCUACCGUUCACAACAGCUGCGCCCGUCUUUUUUACCUCCCUCUCUCACGACGAACCUCCGAAAGAGCCUAAUGACCCGAGUCUAUGGCUGUACCUGGGAUUCUCAGCGGCCCUUGUUCUCAGCGGCGGAGCCUUUGCGGGACUCACUAUUGCUUUGAUGGGACAGGAUGAAGUGUAUCUCCAAGUGAUUCAAACGUCUGGCGAGGAAUCGGAGAAGAAAAACGCCGCUAGUGUUCUAAACCUGCUGAAGCGUGGGAAACAUUGGGUACUGGUGACCCUCCUACUCAGCAACGUGAUCACAAACGAGACCUUACCUAUCGUCCUGGAUCGGACUCUCGGCGGUGGAUGGCCGGCGGUCCUCGGAAGUACUGCACUGAUUGUUAUCUUCGGCGAGGUCGUCCCCCAAUCGAUCUGUGUUCGUUAUGGUCUGCCGAUCGGGGCCUGGAUGGCACCGUGUGUUCUGGUUCUGAUGUAUCUCAUGUCCCCGGUCGCUUGGCCGGUUGCAAAGUUGCUGGACAGACUUCUCGGCGAGGAUCAUGGCACUAUCUACAAAAAGGCUGGACUUAAGACCCUGGUCACUCUGCACAGAACUUUGGGUGAGGCUGGGGAACAACUCACCUCCGACGAAGUGACGAUCAUCAGUGCUGUACUAGACUUGAAGGAAAAGUCGGUUGGAAGUAUUAUGACGCCAAUGGAAGACGUCUUUACUAUGUCCGCCGACACUGUGUUGGAUGAACGCACCAUGGAUGUCAUUCUCUCCCAAGGAUAUUCUCGGAUCCCUAUCCACGCACCCGAAAACCCAACGAAUUUUGUUGGAAUGCUUCUUGUCAAAAUGCUCAUCACCUACGAUCCGGAGGACUGUAAACGUGUUCGUGAUUUUGCUCUGGCUACGCUGCCAGAGACUCGCCCUGAAACCUCCUGUUUAGAUAUUGUCAACUUUUUCCAAGAAGGAAAAUCUCACAUGGUCAUGGUGUCGGAAUACCCAAGUGAAGACCGGGGUGCCCUCGGAGUGGUCACCCUUGAAGAUGUGAUUGAAGAACUGAUUGGAGAAGAAAUCAUCGAUGAGUCUGACGUGUUUAUUGACGUUCAUAAGGCCAUUCGUCGCAUGGCCCCUGCACCCAAAUCUCGAGUGCCCAAGGGCAAAAUUAUUGAAGAACCCCCCAUGGCGAGUUCUGUUGUCGAUGGAGAGCAGAUCGGCGAAGAUGGCACCAUAUCCACUUCCGCUUCACAUGCAUCUGAUCUCUUUCGUCGUCGCAGCUCCGUCGAAGCACCUCAACCUCGAUUCCAGCUACGCAAGCAUGCGGACGACAACAAUACAGGCACGCCGGACGUGUGGAUCACUCAGAGAGGGGCCACUGAUGAAAUUCGAGAACAUCUGAAACAUCUGGGCCCUUCGAACCUGGCCAGUCGACCUCGUCAAACCCGUUACAAUACUGUGAAAAUCAAACGCAGUGGCACCUCACCCUCUCGCUCGGCCCAGACCGACUUUGAAUCUGGCCAAAGCACAUCCGAGUCCCAACCUCAGAUCCCAUCCAUCGGCUUUCAAGGGGGUAUCGGUGAAGGCCUGGUCAAUCCUGGCUCGGAUGCAAAGGAUGGCGCUCACGCGUUGAAAAUUGGCUAUGGCACCAUUACCUCCAAUGACACGGUCACCAAGAGCAACAAUUCUCAGCAGUACAAAGACCUCCCUCAAGUGUCAAUCCCUGAUCCGGUCCACGAAGAAUGGGAAGAACAGCCUCACUCCUCUUCAACGCAAAAGGACAGCAGUCUGACGGGUAGUAUCAAGUCCGUUGACUCACACUCGGAAUUCAUUUACCACCACCGUGGUCCGGCUCGGAGCGGCAGCAUCACGGAGCAGAUAGUGGAUGUUAAUGGCAUUCGCAAGGUUGUGCUACAUACAACCGGGACAAGCUCUUCCGAUGGGGAAGACAAGAAUGUCACAAAGAACAACGAUCAACAGGGAGAUCAUCCUGAUCAUGCGAGUACUCAUUCUAAUACGAAAAAGAGACGUCGUCGCAAGAAGCGCGGGCAAAAUUCCAAGCAUGAAGAUGGUAAACCUGGGGAAGAUCAGCCUCUCCUCCAAUAG